AUGCCAGUCAGAUUUCUGUAUCCCUCUCCCUUGUCUCUCCCGGUGGUUCUACUGCUUUGGCUUGCCUGUCUUGGUGAGGCAAAAUUUGUCGAGUUGACAUUCCAUGUAACUGAGCACUCCGAGGCCAACAAGUUGAUUGGUAACGUCCUCCAAGGCAUUGCACUGUCCAGGCAAGAGGUACGCUCAAUCAGUGUGGAAUCACCGCCACCAGAGGAAUGGAUUACCUAUGUACAUAUCAAUACCACCACCGGGGAUAUUUACACCAGCGGAGAGAGUCCAACCACCCUAGAUCGUGAAGUGAUCUGCCCCCUUCGGGUUGUAGGUGAAGUGAUUCAAGAAUGCCAAUUCUCCCUCCUCAUCUCAAUCAACCAAAAGUAUCUUGUCUCACUUCAUCUCAUUAUUGAUGAUAUUAAUGACUCACCACCUCUAUUCUUUCAUCAUGGUCAAGUUAUUAAGGAGUUGGUUUUAAGUCUACCCGAAAGCGCAGCGAUUGGGGAGACUGCUUUAGAUCUACCCACUGCUGUGGAUCCAGACUUAAAAUCUUCACUCUCGCCUAUAACUUAUCACCUGAUUGGUGAAAAUCUUCCAUUCUAUCUACUCUCUCGAGGUGGAGCACCCAAACUCUAUCUCUCGGCACCACUGGACUUUGAAAGUGUUCCACUCUACAAAUUUUUUCUGCAAGCCUUGGAUGAAAGGAGUGGUCGAAUUUUUCUUCGAGCCCCACAACUUGAACCCAAGCGGUACUCCUUCGUGAUUGAGGCUACAGAAGGUGUCAACUCCACCUCACCUGUCAGUAAAAGUGCCACUGCAUUGGUUGCCAUCUUCGUAGCUGAUGUGAAUAAUCACCGACCCAUUAUUGAGUUAAAGCCAUUCAGUAAUGCCUCUACAUUGGCCUAUGCUACUAUUAGAGAGGAAUUUGUUGUGGAGCAUCAAGAGGAGGUGAUGGAUCCAACUGUCUUGGCUUAUCUUACCGUCACAGAUAAGGAUGAGGGGAGUAAUGCCCUCUGCACCUGUCGCCUAGACGAGUCACCUCUGACAAGAGCUUUCGAACUGACCAAAGUGAAUCAACUGUCACCGCAAAUGAAUGUCUAUCGACUAAUUGCCAUCAAGUCGUUGGAUGCCGAAGACGCUGUAGUGCUGAGGCAUCUCAUUCAACCAGUUGAAGCGGAUCGGUGCAAAGGGGUGGCAGGUUUUCUGGUCUUGAAGAUCACCUGUGCAGAUUCAGGAAACACGCCACUAGAGACCCAGGCAACAGUCUACAUUGCUCUACGGGAUGUCGACGAGUAUCCCACAAAAUUCGUGUUCCCCGAUUCCACGGAAGUGUAUCGAAUAUCUGUCAAAGAGGAUGUAAAAGUUGGUACCAAAUUGAUGGACCUCGUAGUCGAUGAUGUGGAUACUGGAAAGUGUAUUCAAAUGUCGACAAGUCUUAAAAAUGAGCAAAUAUUUUUGGAAUCUGAUAGUGGGACUCUAGUGUUGAGAUCACCUCUAGACUACGAAACAACAGCCUCGAUUUUAUUCACAGUUUCUGCCGGUGAACGAAGGAUCCAUCCAAGGGGUCAGCCAUCUGCCACUGCCACAGUCAUCUUAGAGAUUAUAAAUGUGAAUGACAACCAACCGCGUUUAACCGCCCUGAAGGCUGUCGAGAGCAAGAUGUGCCAGAAGAUGAUCUCUUCUAUCAAUGACUCGAUCAAUCAAACUAUAGACUGCUUCGUCCUGGAAGUGGAAGAGGAGGUAGAAAUUGGAUUCCGCAUCCAUCAUCUUGUAGCCAUCGAUGCAGAUACCCCCAACACCACUAGCGGAUUUAUUUUCUCUCUGGCAGGCGCCUAUGCCCCUGUUAAGCCGCAUAAAGUAGAGAAGUUAAAGGUGUCCCCUCUUGAGGUGACCAAGAAAGGCGAUCUCCUAGUCACCGGACGGUUAGAUAGGGAACAAUUCAAUUGGAUGGAUUUACUCAUCUCCGUCUCCGACGGGGAGGAGAGUUCCGUAUCCCUACUUCGUGUCAAUCUUGUGGAUAUAAAUGACAACCAACCAGUUUGGCAAUUCCCCUCGCCUACGGAUUACCACAUCUCGGUUAGCCUCUUUGCUCGAGUUGAUGUCAUCGUCUCUCGAGUUCAAGCCCUCGAUGCCGACUUUGGUGCGUUGAAUGGGGGAGUGGAGUACAAAAUUUUACCCCAGCCAAAAGAUAUUAUUGCUUCAGGUCUUCUGCUCGAGCAUCUUACGCAUUCCUUGUAUGGAAGCCAUCUCUUCUCCAUCAAUCCACUGACUGGAAAGCUAAGUGUCAAACAGGCUCUGCCAAAUCAAACCGCGGUGCCCUAUCGCCUAGACUUGAUUGCCGUAGACAAGGGAAAGCCGACGCUAGAGUCGACGGCUCAUCUCCUUAUCUCUCUGGUUGAUAGACCCUUUAAUGAUGUCCAAAUGAUUCAAGCCAAUCCAGUGGGAGGAUCAAAUAAUCUACAAAAUGAUGGAGUGGAUACCAUUCAAGCCUCCUCUUUAAACUCGGUGGUUGAACAUUCGGGGGUGCGAAGCACCCCCUCCAGUAUGGAGAAUAGGAUCCACAUUAUUGGUAUAUCUGCGGGGGUUCUGACUCUCUUCUUCUUUCUCGCCGUCAUCUCCUUUGUCUUGUGUAAACGGGUGCAAAGUGGUAGUCUUUCCUUAUGUCGAAAAUCCUCCAAUUCCCUGGAGUUACAGUCAAAUCAACGACACAGUUGGAGUCCCAGCAUGGCUUCACCGGUUCAUGAGGUGCUACUAGAGCGACGAGAUCCGGUGAUUUUAUCAACUCAGCCACCUUCACCACCACCGUUACCGCCGUCACUGCCACCAGCUGUACCACCUCCGUCAUCUCCUCCCCUAUCGGUGGUUGAAAUUCCCACCUGCUCAAUAGCAUUCAGUGGUGCUACAUCAUCUCCAAUGGAAAUGAGUAGUGUCAAGAAUGUACCUGUCAUUGUCAGUGUUGCCGUUCUUCCUCCCUCCUCUUCCACACCCACCGAAUAUGUGGUCAUCUCUGAGGGUGUAACUGUCACUCCGUCAAAAUACAGUUGGAAGGUGGUAAAUGACAGUGAUUAUAUCAUUACCGAGAGGUAG